UUCUUCUCACACUCUUUUUGUCUCUCACACUCUCACGCCUGCUGGCUCGCUCGCUCUCACACACACGCAAACCCUACUAUACCAUGUUUGACAGCUGUUAAAGAAAAAAAUAAACCGAUUUUUCGUAUCUAUUGAGUGGCAAAGUGAAGAAGAAAAAAAUUCAAUCAGAAAUCAAAAGAAAAUUUUCAUUGCAUUAAUUAUGAAAAUUUAUUAAUUAUAAGAAAAUUGUUAACAGAAAAGAAAAGUGAAUUUUUAUAGUGAAAGAAGAUUUGACGAGUAGCAACGAAACAAUGUCGGCCAUAGUUAUAAAAACGGAAAAGGAUGAAGAAUGUGAAGAUGUGAAACCAGUAAUAAAAGAAGGCGGUGGUAUAGUAAUACAACAGGCAAAUAGUGGUGUUGUAGCAGGAGGCAAUAAUGUAAGAACUAGUGCUGUGGCAACUGGGGGACCAAAAGAAAUUGUUGAAAAAACCCAGGCGGCUUUAAAGGUAGCCAACGAAGCUAAGCAAUUAAAUUUAAGAUUAAAGGAGCCCCAAAAACUUCUACAACAACAAACGACCACAAAUACUUUGGGUAAAAGAAGCAGCAGUAUAGCAGCCGAACAAUUGCAUACAGAUAACAGCAAUGAAACCACAAAUUUACCCUAUAAAGUGGGUAAUAAACGUUUUCGGGUACAAACACCCGUACAUUAUGCUAAAAAAGUAAAUACUCCACCACCACCUGCCGCUGCCGCCACACAAUUACAACCACCACCCCCAGCAGCAAGCGCUAUGGCUCCCGCAAAAUGCGGUGAAAUAUUUGUAACAAAUAAUGCCCGCAAAUGGACAUUUGUUUGUACUUUCUGCCAAAAGUCUACCCGUGAUAUAGGAGAAUUUGUAUGUCAUAUUAAAUUUAAACACAUGCCAACCGAUUAUCAAGAAGAUGAAGACUAUGAAGAAGAUGUUAAUGAUGUUUUUGUCACAGGCCAGGAAGAUAACUACAACAAUCAUGAACAAGAUUAUUUCGAUUGUACCAACUAUUUGGAUGUUAAUGUACACACUGAGUCCGAUGAACUGCCGCCACAAAAUAAUGGUGUCAAAGCUAAAUUACAAGCAAAACUAACACGACAAUCUACCGCAACAAGUGCAGCAGCAACAAAAGAUCAACACAAACGGCAAAUGGAUAAAAGUAAAUAUAUUGUUGAUCUAUUAGAUGAUGACGAAGACCAGGAACAAGGUCGUAACACUAACGAAAAGGAUAUGCAACAGAAAAACGAUAUGUUUGACUAUGAAAUGGAAGAAGAUGAAGACGGUGUCGAAAUUGUCGAUGAUGACAAUGAUGAAAUGGAACCGAUGGAAGAAGAUAAUUUAUUAUUCUUAAGAUCUAGCUCUAUAGAAGAUGCUAAUGUGGAGACGACGGGUGUUAAGGGUAGCAGUAAAAAAUAUCGUUCCCAUGUAAGGGGUAAGGCCUAUUGUAAUCUAUGCGAUAAAACUUUUCAAUACUAUUCACUAUAUCGCAAUCAUAUGAUCAAACAUUCCAAUAUAACACCGUACAAGUGUCAGUAUUGCAGUAAAGCCUUUAAAUCCAAACAGGCCAUACGUUAUCACAUGAAUACGCAUACAAAAGAAGUACAAUACACUUGUCCACUCUGUCCCAUGACCUAUGGUACCGAAAAUCAAUUUAUAACACAUGUGUUAAAUCAUGAAAGUGAUACAUGUUUCCCCUGUAUGGUGUGUGCGAAAAUUCUUAAAAGUGAUCAGGAACGUGAUGAACAUUUAUCAACACACAGCGAGGAAAGACCCUUUCCGUGUGGUUAUUGCAAUAAACGUUUUAGACAAAAGCAUCAUCUAUCGAAUCAUUUGAAAUUACACUGUCAAUAUCGUUGUGAUUUCUGCAAAGAGGAGUUCUCCUCAACGCAAACACAACGACGUCCUUAUGCCUGUGCCUCGUGUGAAGAAUAUCCCGAAAUAAGAAUACAGGUUGAGAAACAACGUUCGAAAAACUUAAAUAAUGAGGUGAAUCCUUUGGAAUUAUCCUAUGAUAAUAUGCCUACCAACGAAACGGAGGCUACCGAAUGUGUUGAUUUGGCUACGGACGAUGAAGAUGAAGAGAGCGAGAAUAGCACUAGUUUAUUGGGUGGAGCUAAUGGCCAGAAGCGUAUUUCUUGUCAAUAUUGUCCACGUUCUUAUAAACAAACUAGUGCUCUUAACUAUCAUAUAAGACAGAAACAUCCACAGAUUUGGGCCGAGAUGAAAGUAAAUUAAAUGUGUGAAAAGUGAUGCAUAUAAAGGGGAAUUUAUAAGUGUCUAUAGUCUAUGGUCUAGUCUAUCGUCUAGUCUAUAGCCUAGUCUUUAGUCUAUAGUCUAGUAUAUAGUCUAGUUUAUAGCCUAGUCUAUAUUCUUGUCUAUAUAAGCUAUUCUAUAGUCUCGUCUAUAGGGUAGUCUACACUUUAGUCUAUAAGGUAGUCUAUAGUCUAGUCUAUAAGCUAGUUUAUAAGCUAGU